GUCUUACAGGAAGAGGAUUGAUUUCGAAAGUUGUUUUGUUCUAUCUGUUGAAUGCCUGGCGGCCACACCGCCGAGCAGCUGCGCUGGAAAGCACCUGAAGUGAUUCCCGCUGCACACAGCCUCCACCGCGGCCAUGACGCUUUGAUACACACCUGACGGAAGCAGCAGCAGGUAAGAGCAGAGCAUAGACAUGGCCAUUGCACACGUGGCUACGGAGUACGUGUUCAGCGACUUUCUGCUGAAGGACCCGAACCAGGCUCGAUACCGCAACGUUCGAACGGAGCUCGCCGUGGACAAGAUCGUGACCUGCGUGGCCGUGGGCCUUCCCCUCCUCCUCAUCUCUCUGGCCUUCGCUCAGGAGGUCUCAGUCGGUACUCAGAUCAGCUGCUUUGCUCCGACUAACUUCUCAUGGAGGCAGGCAGCUUAUGUGGACUCCUUCUGCUGGGCGGCCGUGCACACGCAGACUCUACCUCUGUGGCUGCACAAGUUCUUUCCUUACAUCCUGCUGCUGGUGGCCGUGCUCAUGUACGCCCCGGCGUUGUUCUGGAGAUUUUGCGCUGCGCCGCUCCUGCAGUCUGACCUCGCCUUUAUCAUGGAGGAGCUGGACCGCUGUUAUAACCGCGCCGUCACUCUGGCCAAACGGAUGGCGACAGCGGAGCAGCCGUCCGCUGACAGCGAUCCCACCGAGGGCUGCUUCAAUUACCCAAUGGUGGAGAAGUUCUUGAUGACCAAGCGCUGCUCGCGGAAGCUGAUCAUUUACUACUUCCUGUGCCGCGUUCUGACUCUGCUCACCCUGCUCUGCGCCUGCGUCUGCCUGGGCUACUACCUCCGCCUGGCCUCCACUACAGACGACUUCGGCUGCAAGCUGCGUGUCGGCUUGCUCGAGUCAGACACCGGCGUCCCCGACAGGGUGCAGUGUAAGCUCAUCGCCGUGGGAGUCUUCUCCUUGCUGAGCUUCGUAAACUUGAUCGUCUUCGCCACGUUGAUUCCAGUUGUGAUCUACGCCAGUCUGCGUCCCCUCUACUGCUAUGACCACGCCCACUUCCUUGAAACCUACCAAUCACUGCCCACUGUGAGCGUCCUGCCCAAACCCGGUGGCCAAUGUGACGAUCUCUCGCUCUACCUGCUCCUACUGGAGGAGAACAUCAGUGAACUGAAAUCCUACAAAUAUAUGAAGGUGUUGGAGAUGUUGAGGAGACGAGGCGAGCACGCCGGAGAAAGCUUCGACCCCAUGGGCCUGCUGCAGAAUCUCUGCCUGGUGAAGAUGGACAACGUAGACGGGUUGAAACCCACCAGUGCUUCAGCGAUGCCUGAUAACGACGAGGGUCCAAACUCGUCCAAAGAAAACUGCAGCAAGACGGAAACGGAGAUGAAAGAGCUCAGACCUCUGCUGCAAGAGAACAGCGAUGCAGCAGGAAGCGGCGACGGAGGCGUUCUCCGACAGAGACCGAUGUGAUGAUUCAGCGUGGGAUUAACAAACUCAGACUUUAAAUCGUUUUCUUCAGAGGAGAGAGGAUGGAGAGUGUGUUUUUUGUCUGUCCGGUAGAUCGUGGAAAAAUGGCAGGACGCUGGAGGAUGAUUGGCUAAAACUCCCGAUGGUACUGAUUUCGACUUCCUCUGAAUUUUUUUUUUAAGGACAAUUUCAAACACUACAAUCAUGAAAGCUUAACUUGGAUUUUUACAUUUUCUGACACACAAUCACUGAAUAUGGAGCUCCUGAAAGGUCGCACUGGGAACAUCUUUCCUCCUGACGAUGCUUUUAUGUUCCCGCUGACGUGUUUUGGUCCAGCCUUCGUGUAUUAUGUAAUGUAUGCAUUGCUCAUUUACACAGCCACUUCCCGAAUGCAGAACUUUAUAAAAACAUCUGUUUAUAAAAACACUGUGACCCGGUUCCACCUCUGCUGCCUCGGUCGCCCUUAUCUGCUCCCUGUGAGAAUCUAGCUUCCUGCAGGGUCGUUCGUUAGGAUUUUUAUGCAUAAACAAAGCAGGGAAUCAGAGCAAUGCAAGGUUGUUUUCUUUCUGUUGUACAUUCACGGUUCUCGCUCUAUCUGCUGAAAAAUCUCCCAGGACUUCAUCAAUAAGCCAAAAAAUAAGCCUGAACAACCUCAAUGACAGAUUCAGACUUAAAAAAAUAUAUGUGUGUGUGUGUUCUCUUUUUUUGGCCUUUGCUGUGUCUCAGGGUGUUUAACAGACUUAAUGCAUGGAACAUCUUCAUGGACAUAGUGUCAGAGUCUGAUAAACCUGCGCUUUGGGCCACAAAAACACUUCUAGUUGUCUGUGUGAAAACAGCCUUCAGUGACCUCGGUAAACACUCUCCCGAUGGCCUUGUGAGCUCAGCUGCAAGGUUCAGGCUAUAUUUAAUAAAACGUGAAAUUCUUUUUGUAAAUUAUGAUCGUUUAUCCUGUUGACUUGUCAGUCUCAAGUCGUGACACAGUCAGUUCUGGUCCUAACUGAUCACGUCGUGUUUCAAAAACAGUCAUUUCAGGAGCUCCGUAUGGUUCCAUGAUUAUCAGACAAAAGUUUACCUUCCAGUCAGGGUCUCGUUCACGAGUGAGAGAAGAAGGGAGCGUCUGUGGAGACCUGAGCGUGGAAUCUUUUCCACCCUCAUCGUGACCGAAGUGAUGAGCUUUCUCUUCCUUUAGAGACCAGACGAGGCGCUCAGAGGAGAGCCGCUCCUCCUCCUGCCACUAAAACUGCUUUUAAAGUCAAUAUUGUCAGACUGAUUGUUCCUGCGAGCUGCCUUAGUGGGAGAACGAGUUUUUCAUGCGAUUGUCAAUCACAUUUCAAGUCAACGUUAGCGCUUUAAAGGAAAAUGAAAAUGAAACUGGAAUCAUUAAAAGGUAGCUAACUCAUGAACAUGCAGUCCCAGUAUUUGUUCAGGGUUUGGCUCCCCAGACUGAUUUCCUGCUUAAGAACUGAACGUUUUUCUCAUGUGUGGAUGUGAUUAAACUGUCCUUUGCAUGUCAAGCUACAAGAAAAAGAGGUACAACUGCAUGAAGCUUGGUUUUGUGUACAUAUUUUUUAGGUUACGAGGUUUUCUUUGUUUAACAUAGACGUAAAUAAUCCAAAGUCAGGUUUUAGGUUUUAUCGCUGUGAGAGAACUCGUGUAAAUCUCUCAGAUGUUCAAAAGUCUUGAUCUGGAAAUCAACUCGUCGUGUCUGCUGGGGGAUCUCAGGGAUAAAAUCCUCUCACUGGACUCUGUGUGAUCGUCGGUUUUUGUGUUUUUAAAGUGCCUGUGGAACUUUUUUGCAUGCAUUGAUGAAACUUGUUCUCUUCACUCCACACCAGUGACUGUUUUCUGAACUUGUUUGUGUUUUGAAUGUCAUGGCUGAGUAUUAUUGGGAUUCAGAUUUGUGCAAUGUGUAAAGAGAGACUUGAUGUUGUUAACGUUUCCUGUGUUUCUGGAUUUGAAGUGAAAGUUUGUUCAUUCGUAAACACGACUGCAGUGGUUAAAACUGACCUCACCAUAAA